AUGGAUCAGCAUUUGGAGGUGAGUCUAAUUUUUGUUUUGGGUCUCAAAACGACUAUUGAUUUUCCGCGGACGGCAUAUAAAAUGGGAAAUAAAAACAUGAGAUAACAAAUCUCGAAAAACUACUUUCCUAGACAUGUUCAUCCAAUUAGUUUGAACUUAUCUAAUUGUUGAAUUAGCAAACUUCGAUGAAGCAUAAAAAUAUAUAUUUAGAACCGAAAAAUUGUAGCAAAAGAAGCUCAAAAAUCAUCACAUAAAUGCACUUUCAAAAUCACUAAAUUUGUAGCUAUACGAUUGAUCAUAGUCAUCAAACUCGUGAUAUUUUUUCCGAGAAAAUUCUAGCAGAUGAUAAUUAGGAAUCUCAUUGCGAGCUGGAAUUGGAGUGAAAUUCGGAUAAAAAUGUAUGAAGCUUGGACUCUGAGUUCUGAAAAUGAGAACUAACUGCUUAAUAUUUAUAAAAAUAAUUAGAUAUGAAAGGCCAAGAGGCCGCCACGUUACACAUUUCACGUUCUCUGGAAUGUUUGAAUGUUUAUUUCUAAUUUUUCAGAGCAGGUAAUUUUCCCAUCGUUUAGAAAUACUCUAUAGUAAUGUUUAUCGUUCAGAGUUUUUCAGUUUUGUAGAGUUAUGUGAGUAGUUUCCAGGUUCUCACUCGAAACUUCCGAAAUUCUACAUUUUUUGACAUCUGUUGUACAAGUGUUCAAAACAGGCAGGCAUUUUGUCCAGCUGAACAUCUGUGUUCUCGUUUUCUCUCACGCCACUGAAGGAAUACCAUUUUCAAAAAAUGUCCUAAAAUCAUUUUUGUCGGUCGGCCGGUCAUUAUCUUUUCCUGGUUCCACCAACUGAUGUUCCUGCAGUAAUUUAUUUUCUUAAUUAGUUUUCUUAUUUUUUUUUCGUUUCUCCGUUCAACCACAGAAAAGUUACAAUUCAUUUUUUCUUCUUCUUCUUCACAACGAGAACGGCUGGAAUGUUAUUUGUAAAAAAAUAAACAUUGAUUGCCUUAAGACGACGAAAAGCACCAUGACAGCGAAUGCAGGACUCAGGAGCAACACAAAAAAAGAGAAGUGUUCGUUUUUGUGCACAUAUCGAAGUCGGCUUUUGGCUUGAAAAGAAGAAGAGUGCAUUACUAACAAAUUUCAGAGGAGCAGAAAGCAACAAGCAUGAAAAUACAUAGAGGAAAGAAGAAGAAGAAGCGACCUCUUCCUAACCGUUGCUAUGAACCUCGGUUCUUUUUGUUGCUUGCUGUUUUUUUUUGACGAGAGACGAGGUGUAGAUAUGUGCUGUGCAUUUAUUUGAAUGCGUAUUAUCUUCAUAACUCCGCCCACUUUUCUCGACUUUUCACUUUUAUUAUUUUUUUGCUUGAUUCGGGUUUAGGUGGACUAUUUUUCAAAUAUUUUCUUGACAAAUAUGAUGUUCAAUUUUCUAAAUUUUUAUCAACUACAACAACAACAGCUAUAUCUUCAGAGGUUAAAUUUGGUUAGUUCGAAGUUGUUUUUGGAAAGUUCAAUGAGGAUUUCGAAAACCAGAUUGAUAUGAGCAAUGACGUGGCAAAGUCUGAUCGAAAAAUUGUAACUUUCCUAAUAUUCUGAUUUUGCCACGUCAUAGCUCAUAUUAGGAGUUGAGUUUAGCACUUUUGGACAACGGGGUCGUGAUCAGCGUGAAAUUCUGCCUAAUAAAAAGAUUACAAAUAAGUCAUUUGUGAAUGACAAUCUAAAAAAAACUAAAAAAUGAAUCAAAAUGCAAAAAAAAAUAGUUCUAAGAAUGGAACUUUCCUAUAAUUUUGUCUGUUUCAGAUUGAUGUUAGUGUCCCACCAUCGUCAAACGAUGCAACAUCAACUGUGGCUGAAAAUCAAGAUCAACAUUCAAUGCCACCACCAUCAACAGAUUGGAAUAGUCAAUACAGUCCAAGAGAUUCGGUAUGUCUCUUUUCAUUUUCCAUCUUUGUAUUUUCAAUCAAAUCCUUUUUUUCUUUUCAGGACGAAAUCCAUCCAUUUGUUGAAGAACUAUUGCCAUAUGUGAGAAAGUUUUCGUAUGUUUGGUUUCAUUUGCAAGCGGCAAAACGGAAAUAUUUCAAAAGGCAUGAUAAACGAAUGAGUUUGGAAGAGGAAAAGAAAAAGAAACUCGAGUUGAUGGUAGGUUAUGAUUGCUGUAUUUAGUUUUAUUAUUCAUCACCUGGAAUAUUAUUUUUUUAUUUCAAAAACACCUGAAAAAUCCAAAAAAAAAUUUUUCAGAACGAACGCGAUGAUGUGAAACACAAAUGGGCUGCUAGGUUAUUGGGAAAACUUCGUAAAGAUAUUCAAACUGCGUAUCGCGAAGAUUUUGUUCUUUCAAUAACAGGUCAAAGACCAGCAGUUUGUGCCGUUUCAAAUCCAGAUCAAAAAGGAAAAAUGCGACGGAUUGAUUGUUUGAGACAAGCGGAUAAAGUUUGGCGACUUGAUUUGGUUAUGGUUAUUCUCUUCAAGGUGAGUUUUGUGAAGGGAAUUUUGAGAAAUCCAGAAAUUGGGCUAGGCUUAUCCGCCUGAAACACACUACUUUUUUUCAAAACAUACAUUUGGCACGUUGACUAAUCUUUUAUAAGUCCAAAAAUUGUGAAAAGAUUUGCCUAAUCUCUGAUAUCAUUUAUUUAUUUUUUUUCUCUCGAAACUCUGACGCUCGUUUCAUGUUUCCUUUCAAAAAAAAAGAGUACGGUAAUUGCACUUUCAAGAAAUCAAAUCACGGAUACAUUUAUGCUUUUUUAUAGUUUUACAGUAUUUUUUUCUGACGAUAUUAGUCAAACUAGAAAAAUAAGCAAAAUUCGUAGUGCCGAACCCUAAAAAAAUUGUAGAACUACCAAAAGCUAUAAUUAGAAUCUAAAUAUUAUGUAACAUGUAAUAUAUUCAUUUUUAAUUACAGGGAAUUCCACUUGAAAGUACUGAUGGUGAAAGACUGGAAAAGUGUAAUGAUUGUAUAUAUCCGCAACUUUGUGUAAAUCCAUAUCAUGUUUCGAUUUCUGUUCGUGAACUCGAUCUUUUUCUCUCCAAUUAUAUUCGAACAACCGAUCCGAAAUUGGAAAAAUCAGAAGAAGAUGAAGAGAAUUCGAUAUCUGUUUUGGCUCCUUUCCCACCUCAACCGUUGACACCAAAUGAUCCAACUGCAGAUGCGAAAAAUGGUAUUGCAACGACUCAUUUUGUGAAAUCGAGAGAUGGUGAAUCGAUUUGGGGAACUGGUGUUUUUUCGGCUUUUGAGCUGAAAAAUAUUUGCACUUCCAAUUUUGGACGUAAGAUUUUAUCUCGUUUUUUUCCUGUCUUUUUCAAAAUAUUCAUUUUCAGUUGAAGCAAAAUCACUUCUUCGUUCUGGAGCUGCUCGAAAUACUGGAUUUUUCGUGAAGCAGGAAGAAAUCGAUAAUUCAUGGCUGCAAGCUGAACGAAAAUCAGCAGUUCUCGAAAUUCCUCCUCCAGCUUCUGCUGUCGCUGCAAUUCAAGCGAUGGAAAACGAACACGAAGAAAUGGAAACAACGUGUAUUUCACCAACAGUUCACGAUGUUGGUGCAAUGGUAACAGUUGGAGAUGAUUCGAAUGAUGAGCCGAUUGAAAAACGGGUUAGACAAGCAUCGCAUGAUUCGGCAAAUUCGAGUUUUUCGACAAAUGAAGAAGUUCGACGAAUUGUUGAAACUGCGGGAAGUGUUUUGAUUGAUGGUGGAGUUAAUGGAAAUGGGAAUAGUGUUUGGACACCCACAAAGAAUCAUCACGAUUUUGGAGAUGGAUUUGGAGUUAGAAUUGCGACUACAAGUUCGCAUUCGAUACAAGAUCCGUAAGUUUCGAGAACAAAAUUUGAUCUGGAGCUUUUCUCUAGUUCACGUUCACGUUUUUCUUAUUUUUAUUUUUUUGAAAUCAUUAUUUUUCAGACGUAGAUCGAAUUCUGCAAUAACUUCAAAUCGAAUUGUGAAACUAAUAACUCCACAAAUGAAACCACAACAACCACAACAACAACAGCAACAACCAACAACACUUUGUCGAAUGAUUGUUCCUGGAAAUUAUGGAGAUGUUGGAGUUGUUGUAUUAGAUGCAAGAAAUUCAAAAAACAACACAAUAUCAUCAGCAUUAAAUACAAUCGCAACAAAACCACCAACUCAACACGCAAUCAAUAGUUCACAUGCUCCAAUGGUUGCAUCUCGAAAACGAAUGCAUCCAACACAAUCGAAUCUAUCAGUUACCAAUCAACAAUUUAUUCAUGAUGUUUCUAUUUCUUCGGAUGUUUCGCCACCACAUUUGGCGGUUUCGAGUUUAAGAGGAAGAGAUGGUGGAACAUAUAUGGCGAGUCCGACGAAGUUCACGACUUCCAGAGGAGAUACUACUAGUUUUAGGUUUGUUCUUUCUUAUUCAUUUUUUUUCUAAAAUUUGAUUUUUUCUAGUAAAAUCUUGCAUCAAGUUGAAGAACGUCAUGGUUCACUUUUGAAUCAUUGUGGCAUGAAAUCGAUUAAUCAACCAGUUCGAACAUUUAUUAACAAACCGGAACCAUCAUCGAAACUUAUUGUACCGAAACCGAUUAAACCUAUUCCAAUUAUGGGAAAAGCUGAUUAUCAGCAUGUUUUAUCAGCGAGUAGCUCGGCUGUCGCUUCGCCAAUUACAACACCGCGAGUUACACCGUUGCCACGUCAUUUGAUCGAGGAAGAUUCGUCGCAAUCGAUUUUUAGUUCGAAUAUUAAUGGAAAUAGUAAUGAUGGUAUGUGAAUUUUUAUUAAAUUCGGCACAAGAUUUUUCCGGAUCUUCAAAUUUUCGGAAUUUUUUACUAGUUCCUUUGAUAUUUGAUUAGUUUUCAAACGAAGCUCUUAGAACAACCAUUUUCUCACAAGUCAAAACCAAUUUAUUGCAGCAACAUAUGUGUCAACCGGAUUUCUUCAAUAUUUCAAUGAUUCGAACUCGAGAUCUCCAUUAAAUGUCUCUCAACACGGUGCAAUUGGUGCUCCAUCAUUUGCAACUCUUGGAGCUGGAAAUACUCUUCCCCCAGUGAUUCCAUCAACAUCUCAUGCAAAUCGACCAGAUAGUGUCGCCAGCAAGUCAGUUUAUUCUUUCUUGAAUUAAAUAAGAAAAAUUAUAAAUUUAAAAAAUCUUUGCAGUAGUUCAAAUUCGAUGAGUAGCGCAAUUGUUUUGUCGGCUCCAACGGUUCAAACUUUGACUGUUUCGCAAACACCAACAGCUACUUCUCAAACAUCUAAUAAUACGGUUUAUGAUAAUACGGUAGGUCAAAAAAUGAAGGGAAACAAUUUACAGUACGCCUGUGGUAGCCGCGAGUUCAUGUUCCUUGAAAAUUCACAGAAUUACUUUAGAUUAAAAAAUUCUAAUGCAUUGCAAUUUGAGUUUAAUCUGAGCAAUGUCCUCUAGAAAUGGGCUAGAUAAGAGUUCUUUCAGAAAAAACAAACCUACCGCAUCUUUAAUUGAUUUACAGUAUUCUUAGCUCAAGCUGUGUCCCUUUAAAAUCUAACUGAAUCACUGUAGAUUUGUUCCGAAUACCAAGAUUAAUAUGAGCAAUCUUUGACAAAAGAGCUAUUUUUUUGAAAUCUACAGUUAAAGCUCUAAAAUAUCAAAGAACAAUAGUUCAGGAAACUUGAACAAUUAUUUCUCUCUAUAUUUUUCCCCCCAAAAACUCAUCAACUUUGUGUAUUUCGAGAAGUUCUGACAAAAAUCAAAAAUCAAAAUUUAAUUUCAGGUCCGUGAUUCUCUUCCCGAUUCGACAACAUCAGAUUCUCCACGUGUUAUAAUCCGCAAUCUUCCAAGCGGUACAACAUCCUCCUCAUCGCCAUCUUCUUCACUCGGUUCAUCAUCUUCAAAUGGUGGUUCAGCAGCCAAUCAGCCACCAACUCCACCAACGGCUGCUUCAGCUUCAUCAAACAAGGCGCCAACUGAUUUUUCACAAACUUUGAACAGACGUAAUUCCUAA